AUGAAAAAGAAGUUAUAUAAGGAUUUUGUUUAAAUUUGGAAUGCUAAGAUUCAAGACCUUAGUUCUGUCUAUAAUGUGGAUUAGACUCUUAGAAGCAUUAAAAUUGUAAGAAAGGUCUCAAAUGAUUUGGUUAGAUUUAAACUUUUAUCACUAAAUUCAGCAAUAACAUACUUGAACUAGCAACCGAUUUGAUUAAAUCCUUUGCAUAGGCCAAAAUAAAAUAUGAAUAAUUCUCAAAAUAAUUAAAGAAUAUGAAAAUAAAGCAAUGGUAUCAAUAUUUAAACAAUUAAGAAGAGAUUAUGAAGUAAGAUUAAAUUGGUAUUCUAUAUAAAUAAUUUUUAUAGGAACUUAAUUAGUGAAAAUGAAAACAUUGAUUCAGCCAUUUGAAAUAGAUAAAGGAUAAUAACAACUUUAAGUCAUUAAACAUGAUGGUUAAAAUGUACUGUAGUUAGGAUUCGAUUGUUUUACAACUUAAAUUAGGAAUCCAAUUAUUUAAUUCAUACAAAUGGCAGGAAGCUAAUGAUAAAAUUACUGAAUACAUAAGUUAUCAGAGAAACAAAAAUCAUUGGCAAUAUUCUUUAAAAGUAAUUAAAUAACAUUUCAUAAAAUUAGGUAUUUCUUUAAUGGAAAUGAAUUAACCAGGGUAAGGAAUAAUUAUGAAGGAAUAGGCCAAAAAAUUAAUGAUAAAUUGUAUAGAGAUCUUUUGGAUUAUACAGAUUAAGAAUUAAUUGAAACCCCAUCAAAUUGUUUCAUUUUAAUUGCUAAGAGUUAAUUCAACUUUAAAUUAUAGUUUAUGCUUUAAAAUGAAGAAAGGAAUUUCAAAAAGCUAUUGAGAUAUGCGAAAAGGUUUUGA